AUGCCGGGCACCUCGAUGGUCAGUCCUUCUCAGGCGGACAUGCAGUGGCGGGCACGGGUUGGUUCGGAGGAGUUCUGGGCCAGCUUCCCUCCACUGUCCCCACGGCCGGAGGUCGGAUCCGGAGGCCUGGUCCCGAUCCGGCUUAAUGCAUCGGCAAUCGUUGGAGGCCGCCCUGACCCGCUUCAAGAGACGCACGCAGGUGAGCGGCGAGGUUCCCGCAAAUCUGGCAGGAGUACGAGUUCCAUGGGCUCAACGCUGGGAGAUUUGGGACGCACAUCAUCGCGAGUCUCGCAACCGUCAAGCAGGGCUGCUGCCGACCUGGUGCUGGAUGCAGGAGCCAGGCAGCUGAAGAACCAACUGCAACAGGAGCGGCUGCUGCGACAGAAGGCUGAGGACGAGGCGCAGAAGCUUCGUGCGAGGCUGGGAGAGGCAGCCUGA